AUGGAUGUCUCGACUGCGGACCUUGCGAAGGAUGUAAUGCCGUUGUAUACUAUGACGAACGCCAAACAGAUCGCCGAGAUUGCGACGGGAUCCGACGCCGAUAUCGGCGGGCUUUCGCGCUGCCACAUCGCGCACGACAGCGACACGACGCCCGACGGCAAGUCUGUAGGGUACGGCCGGUUUUACGGCACGAUAUCAGCACAGAUUCCGCGCAAGUCGGCUCUCGAGCGCAGUGGGUACGCCGCAUUCCGCAACAAGUCACGGCCGAAGCUGUUUGGCACCGAGGUGUGGGAUACGCUGUACUAUCCCUACAUUGCGUUGCGUGUGCGCAACAAGACGCCGAUGCCAGAGCAGGCGCACUCUUCACUGCGCUCUGCACUGCACGCAGACGACCAGGCUGGCCCGACGGAGCGAGCGAUUGCCGCGCUCGGGAUCAAUGUGCCCGGCCAGCACAAGUACAACAACCACGGACCGCUCUUUUUUGUCAACAUCAAGACGGACGGCCCCGUGACUACAGAUCUGUACCAGCACCGCCUGUUCCUCGAUAACGACACGUCGUGGCGCACGAUUACGCUUCCCCUCGAUGCCUUUGUGCUCACAAACACGGGCGUCGUUGCAGACCAGCAAAUUUCGAUGAUGCGCGAGCGGAUCCUGAGCGUGGGCAUCAGUGUCUUGCUCACGCCUCCCCAGCUCGUAGGCGACCCCGAGGAGCUAGAUGGGGAAGAUGACGACGAGAUUAGCGCGCUGCGCCACGACGAUCCAGCGCGUGGAAGCAAGCGCGACGCAUCCUUUACCUUUGAUCUCGAUGUGCAGGGCUUUUGGGUUGUGGAGAGCCCUGAAAAGGUGCACGAGAUAUCGAUGCAAGAGUAG